AUGGGUGACGAUCUCAAGAGAAUUGCCUACUGCCUUUCUGCCUCUAGCACAUUUGUGUCAGAAAUGGCUAGCCACCUCAUCUAUGCAAAUGAUGGUACCCUUACAGAAGAGGUUUGGGACCCAGAGAGCGGUGAGACAAUAAAACAAGAAGAGGUUGGGGAUGGUGUUAAGGAUGGUGCACCUGCCGCUUACGUGUGGUAUUCGAAUGGUCAGGGGGCUGAAGACUACGGUGACGAUUUUGACGAAGGAAUUGGUGGUGAAGAGAGAAUGGUUUUCUCCGUCACUCCGGAGAACAAAAUCAUUGCAUUCAAGUAUGACUAUGAGGAAGAUGACGUCUGGAUGGACUACACUGCUGGAAAUGUUGGCACCAUCAGCGUGCAUCCGCAAUCCGGACUAUCUGCAGCUAUCAACCCUGACGGCCUCUACUUAUUUUUCAUGAACCCGUCUGGCGGAUUGCAAGCCGCAGUUCGACCGGGCGGUGAAGAUUGGACAUUAACAAAUGUUUUCCCUGCCGAGGCAAAGAUUGGUACACCCUUGACAACAUCUGUAUCCGACAAAGGUGUUUCUCUCUUUUACUUUAGCGUUGACGAUACAUUACAUUACUUGUACCGUGGUCAUGAAUCUGGUAGCUGGAAAGGGUUGAAAACGCCUCAAAAGGAUGAAUCAAAACUAACGUCGGUUCGCCACGUCGCAGACCACAGGAUUGACAACAUUGUUGUCGAGACCCCGGUUACCCGUUUUCGAGCCUCUCAAGACCAAGAGACGGGAGAGUUUGAAGCUUAUGUCUUGACAAACGAAAGACUUCUCCGAUUUUCUGGAACGAGCGAACCCGUGGAUGUCGGCUCAGUUGAAGAGGGGGUUCUGACAAAAACAAAUGACGCGCAAAACAUCAGGUGGAUUAGCAGGGGCUGUCGUCCCUGCUUUUUCAGAGUGCGCUAUGUAGUCAUUUAUCAUUACUUCGUUCCUAGAUUUCGGGGUAUUUGCUGGUAG